AUGGGACUCGGCCAGUUUCUGUCUUGUCUAGUCGACCUGAUCAGCCCUGAGAGGAGCACCAUGCCCAGCGAAUCGGUUCAAUUUUUCGCUUUGGAAGAGACUUUGCCUCGAAGUAAUGCCAGAUUUGUCGACUCAUCAGUCGUGUCAAAGGUUGCACCCUUAUUCAACGUAAUGGCCACCGACGAGGCUAAGGAGGCGCUGAAGAACCAUAGCUCGACGGUCAGUUUGACGGGGGCAGAAGACCCAGUGUUGGCGGCACUUCAUGUCUGGAGGGGUACUCGUGACUUCUUCGACGACAGUUUGGUGCCCAGUACGUACAUGACGCCAGACACUAGGACAAUUUACACUUUGCUGCAGGUGCCCGAUGCCGAAAAGGGUGAGUAG